AUGCGCUUGAAUUUCAGCGCGCCAGGUACUCCAACCCUGAGCCGUCAAAGCACCUUCACACAGGGGCGACACCACCAACGCCGGCUGACACACCCGCAUCUGUUAUCGUCUCGACGAAAGCCGAGAAGAUGGCCGCUGGUCUUUCGCUUCGUCAAGGGAGCCAUUCAUGCGCAGAUCCUUAUGUCGGUCUUGCUUCAUGCUCUCUUUACUGCCUUUGUUGUCUACCUCGAUAACCAUGUCUUCGAGACCGUGGUGCUUCCACCGAGUAUUAUCCCAUCACUAUCGAUCGUGGUUGGUCUGAUGCUCGUUUUCCGAAACCAGACUUCGUACAACCGAUUCUGGGAUGGGCGCAAUGCAAUGAGUACGAUGAACACCUGUCUGCGAAACCUGACGCGAACCAUCGUCACCAACAGUUACAGCUCGACUCGCGGUCCGCCCAAUCUCAUGGAGCGCGAAGACAUUGAGCGCACCCUUCGCGUGUUGAUCGCCAUCCCCUUCGCGGUGAAAAAUCACCUGCGCGCCGAGUGGGGAGCAGCCUGGGCCACGGACAGUACUCACGGCGGCCCCUUUGAUGAGCGAGGCACCGCGGCCUACAAUCCCGACUAUGCGGGGCUACUGCCCGCUGGUCUCGAGGGCCAUGAGUAUGAAGGUCUGGGUCUCCCCUAUCAACUGACCUAUUUCGUGGACGGGUUUAUCAAGCGUGGUGAAGACCGCGGCUGGUUCAAUGCCCCCGGCGCAAGUCAGAUGCAGGCACAACUGAACACGUUCUUGGACGCCUACGGGAGAAUGGAGACGAUUAAACUGACGCCCAUGCCUGUGGCUCACUUGAUCCACCAAAAACAAGUACUCGCUCUGUUCGGGUGCGUGCUACCGUUUGCCAUGGUCGACCAGAUGGGUUGGUGGGCGAUCCCUAUCGUCUGCCUUGUGAUCUUCACCUUGUAUGGCAUUGAAGGAAUAGGUUCUCAGCUGGAAGACCCCUUUGGCUAUGACAGGAACGAUAUCAAGAUGGAUGCGCUGGUGGGAGACACAAAGAUCGAACUGGACGUCGUGGUGAACGAAUGGCGUACUUACUCAAAGGCCAUGGAGGGCGCCUGGCGCGCAGCAGACAAUGUUAACGGCCAUGGUGAGCGGUGUUUGGACGGCGCCCCGAAAGCUACGAACGCUGCGAAUCAGGGCCAGAAUACUCGGGAGAAGUACCAUCCACCCGAUCUGUUUAUAAGGCGGAGACCGCAAGUGACGGUCGAGGAUGUACAGUGA